UGAACUAUCUUGAACUCUCCAAAGAACUUGCACUUGAACUUGCUCUUGAACUUACACUUGAACUAGCACUUGAACUUGAACUAUCUUGAACCUUGAAUCUGAAACAUACUGAAUGAAACUUGAAUCUGGAAAUCUUGAAUCGAAUCAAAACUGGAACAGAAUAUUUCUAAAGAUUGUAUUGCCAUUUUUAGAAGACAUAAUUAUUGUCAAUUAUAAAGAAAUUAUUGGCAGUUUCUAGAAGGAAUUAAAAGUAAACUGAAAUAAAAAGAAGAACAGUAGAGGGAAAGGAAUCUAACUCUAAUUCCUGGAACUUGAUAAGACCAUACUUACAGUUGAAAGCAGUAAUAUUGUAAAUCUUGGGAAAGAAAAAAAGAGGUAUACAUUUUAAAGAGUAAAGUAGAUUGGAAAAGUAGUCGUUCAAGAUAAAUAUUGGAAGUUCGAAGGACUGUAUUGCCAUUUUAGAAGACAUAAUUAUUGUCAAUUACAAAGAAAUUAUUAGCAGUUUCUAGAAGGAAUUAAAAGUAAACUGAAAUAAUAAAAGAAGAAUAAUAGAGGAACAGGAAUUUAAUUCUAAUUCCUGGAACUUGAUAAGACCAUAAUUACAGUUGAAAGCAGUAAUAUUGUAAAUCUUGGGAAAGAAAAAAAGAGGUAUACAUUUUAAAGAGUAAAGUAGAUUGGAAAGUAGUCGUUGAAGAUAAUAUUGGAAGUUUUAAGGACUGUAUUACGAUUUUAGAAGACAAAAUUGCUGUCAAUUAGAAACAAAAUCUUGGCAGUUUCUAGAAGGAAUUAAAAGCAAAGUGAAAUAAAAAGAAGAACAAUAGAGAAAAAGCAAUCUAAUUCUAAUUCCUAGAACUUGAUAAGACCUCUAUUAGAAUUCAAAACAGUAGUAUUAGUAAUCUUGGGAAAGUAAAAAGAGCGUAUACACAGCAAAGAAUAAAGAAGAUUGAACAAAAUAGUGUGAAGAAGGCAAUAUUGCAAGUUUGAAAGACUGUAUUGCCAUUUUAGAAGACAUAAUUACUGUAAAUUAGAAAGAAAUUAUUGGCAGUUUCUAAAAGGAAUUAAAAGCAAACUGAAAUAAAAAGAAGAACAACAGCGAGAAAGCAAUUUAAUUCUAAUUCCUAGAACUUGAUAAGACCAUAAUCACAAAAAAUUUGUGUCAAUAUAUAGAGUCCUAGAAAAGUGAGCGUGGUUGAUUGUAAAGAGAAAAGGAAAGAAAUCCUUCGAUAUAUAGUGUUCAGAAUUUUAAAAAUAAAAGUAAGCUUGAUUGCAGAGAGAGUAAGAAAGAAGAUUGGGUCAGGAUAUAUAUAUAGUUUUAAAAAUAUAAGUGAGGUUGAUUGAUUUGAGAGAGAAUAAGAAAGAUAUUUUGGUCAGGAUAUAAAGUGAACCUGUUUGCAGAGAGAGAGUAACAAAGAAAUUAGCAAUUUGGGAACUUAUAUAGGCCUACAAUACAUUUAGGCUAUUAAUGACCUACUCAUAAUUUUAAUAAAAAACGCCAUCUUGAGACAAAAACGUUAUAGCUCCUUAACACAGUACAAGCUAGUGUAUAUAAAGCUAGGCUAUUGAAAUACCAUAGAGUUUAAUAUCAGUAAGGAUUAGUUUUUCAUAAUUCACAAUAGGAAUAUUUAAAUAAAAGACUAUUGGAGUAAGGAAUAUAUACAGAACAUUAUAUAUCAAAGUUACAGAACCGUUAAUUGUAGACUUGUAAUUAUUAACCAGAACUGUUGCAAGUAUAUAAGCAAAAUUUACCAUGAUGGAUACAAUUGAAUUUAAGAAAACACUUGAUGAAAUCAUGAAUAUACUGACUAGUUGUGCAUUGGUGACCAACCCAAAGCUUAAUGAAUGCUGUAUCUGUAACAAUGAAAUCAAAGAAAAUGAAAGUGAUGCAAGAUGUGACUGUUGUAGUAAGCAUUUUCAUGUGACAUGUAUGGGAUUCCCUUGUGAAGACAGACUGAGUGACCUGACAUUGAUCUGGAUUUGUUCAUUUUGUGGAAAUAACAACAUGGCUCAUCGCAUGUUUGAUCAAGUAUGCAUCCCUUCUCAUUUCAAUAGAUACGAACUUCUUGGUGAUCAUGAUGAACACUGUUACUUGGAUUUGAACCAAUCAAGGACCCUAUCAAGUACGACCAACAAAAGAAAAUGUGGCAGAUCAAAGAAGAGAUCAAGGAUUUGCGAAAGUACAGAGUUCAUGCUGGUGGCAAGAAAAAAGAAGCAAAGAACAAGAAAGGUCGAGCAAGGAACAAGAAAGAAGCAGUCGAGGUUUCCUGAUUUGUAACGGACACAGUGUUGUACUUCGUACUCAAAGCUGGCAAGAUUAAGGAUUGUCGACCUGAUCCGUAUAUUGAAGUUGGAACAUUCCAUGAACCUUGCAAAGUGCUCAUUUUUUGACUGGGUUGGAGUAGGAGACAAGAACUGUCUAUUCCCAUGUGUCCAUUAGCCAUUUUACUUUGAUGUUCAGACUGUUUCAAGUACAUUCAUCAAGAAUUGCGCAAUACUUGCAGUUUUCUACUCAUUAAGCAGAUAAGAUUCCCUAUGCAGCUAUUUCACUGAUUGUGGCCAAGCAACACCAUACCAUUGCCCGGAAAAAACGUUAUGAUAAAUAAAAAAGACCAAUGUGCAACAUGUACGAAGUAUGACCAGUUGUCUGGAGAUCAGAAGGAGAAUUUCACGGAAACCCAUCUCGUACAAAAAACAGAGGCUCAAGAUGCCAAAGCAGUUCCUUGCAUCGUGUAAGACAGAAAAUCGUUGUGAAUAAGAUGGAGUGCAAAAGAGGACAUGCUUACAACAAGAAAUAUGCUGAUAAAUUUGACUUCGGUGCAUCAUCAGGAAAGAGCAAACAUCAUGCAACUUGCAAGGAAUGUCGCCGAGAUUUGUCAAUUUUGCAUGGCGGUUGUAAUGACAUUGUUGUUCAUUGCAAAUCAAAGCAACACAUCACUGCUUUCAAGUCUGAAUCGUCAGCACGAGAAAUAACAUCAUGGAUGUCAACCUCCAAGGAUUUUAAUAUAACUAGAGCUGAGUGCUUAUUUACAUCAUUUUAUUUGGAGCACAAUAUUCCUCUAUCAGCUGCAAGUCACAUGGGACCAUUGUUGAAAAAAGCCUUUCCUAAUUCUGAGGAGGUUAUGAAGUUUACCAGUGCAAGGACCAAACAUCUUGUCUUGUGCGUGAAAUGGCCAAAGAUAAACAAGGACAGAUCGUUUCAGCCAUGAAAGCACGGCCAAUUGCAAUAUCAACUGAUGGGAGUAAUGUCAGCGACAGUAAACCAUACCAAAUUGUGGCAUGCCUCGGAAAGUGUCAGUGCUUGGUUGCCCCAAUCAUCUAAUUGAUUCUGCUGCCAAAGAUGCGUCAUCUGCAUUACCAUAUUCAAUUGACUCGCUCCUUAUUGAUGUGUUCUACUAUCUGGAAGCCAGCGUGAACAGGAAAUUGAAUCUCAAGAAGUUCCAGAUGCUCAUUGGGAACGAAGUGCAGGCAGUUCUGAAACAUGCUUGUACGAGAUGGCUGAGCUUGGGCCAAUGCUUGCCAAGAUUUAUCCAACAAUGGCAAGCUCUAGUCCUCUUUUUUGAAGGAGAAGUGUCAGCCGAGCAGAAGACGCCUACUCAACAGACAAAGCAGAAGAAGCCUACUCAACAGACCAAGGCUACCAAGAAUAGUGUCCAGACUUCACUUGUUCCAAAGAAGCCAACUCCAGCUGUGAAAAAUGAACCUGCUCAGGGAUCUCAACUGAAGAAAAAGCCUGCUCACCAAACCAAGAUGACUGCACAACUCCAAGCAUUCUGCAUUCCCAAGAAGGUGUCUGCAGAUCCACCACAUGUGAGCAAACCUGCCCAGUCUCAGACCCAAGUUCAACUUCAAACACCACAGCCACAACACAGUAGACCUGCAUCUUCAAGCUCUACUACUCGGGAAAAACGACAAAUGAGGAAGCUUCGGAUACACCUAGCAAAAAGCAGAAGACUGGGAAAGUUGUUGGCAAGGCAACAGGCUCAACAGUGCUCAAGACUGGAACUUCCAGUCAUCCCAGUAUGAUUUCUAGUAAAAUGACUGGAAAUGAAAAAACAAGAUGUGGAGGAAAAAAGAAACAAGACAGACAGUAAGAGAUAAAACAAGACAGGAAAGAAUUCUGAAUUCAUUGCACUCAAACCCAAUAUCAGCCACAGCAUCAUUGCAUUUCACAAGAAAAAUGUCAUCUUUCAGACGAGAAGUCCUCUGAUACAAAAGCUAAAAGGAAUACUAGAAAGUCUACUGCGUGACUUGUACAGCCAAUUUGUAGCUCCACAAGCAAUCAUUGCAGCCACAGACUUGACCCUUCUGGACUACAAGAACAAGGAGAAUCUUUGUGAAGAAUCUGAAAUGGUCAUAAAAAGCGCAACAAGAGAAAUUGUGAACACUUUAGAUGAGUCUGAUUGCCAUAAGUUCUAUGCAGCAGUGCAUUCAUAUUACACCAAGGCAUGUGACUACAUUGUAAGUAAGUUUCUAUUGAAGUCUGAUGUUCUCAUCCAUGUGCAAGUGGCUGACAUUGCAUAUCAGAAGGAUGCCAAAUUCACUUCUCUAAAGUUCUUCAUCAACAAGUUCCCCUGCAUGUUGCUUCAGGAAGAAGAAGAAGACAAGCACAGUGCCCUAGAUGCUCUGGAGAACCAGUUCCUUAUCUAUCAAAUUGCUCAGCUUCCGGACUUAGUGCAAAAUGAGGAAUCUACUGACAAGCAGUGGACAAGUAUGAUGACAGAAAAGAAUGUUUCUGGUGAACUGUGCUAUGACAGACUUGCAAAAGGGAUUCUAACCAUACCCCAUACCAAUGCUGAAUGUGAAAGGGUCUUCAGUCAGGUGCGAAAGAACAAAACUGACUUCAGAGGGUCCAUGAGCAACGAAACUCUAAAAAGUGUCCUUAUUACUAAGGCUCGCCAAACAACACCCUGCUACAUGAGGGAAUUUGACUCUGAUUUUCCAAAGAAAGCUCGUGAUGUGCGCUACGCGCACAUGAUAUUCAGUUUUACUUAAAUGUUACUAAUUGAAAAUUCCAAAGUGUUGGCAGCUAUGCCAGGCCAAGGUAGUUGCUGGAAAGAGGACUUUUGUCUCUGCUUCUUUUGAUUUGCAAAGUGAAUGUCGCUGCAACAUUACUCUAUGCCAUCCAGAACACACAUCUCAAAGUCAUCGCACACAAUUUUCUGGAGAGUGGGCAUUCCCACGUGGAAUGCAAUAGCAUGCAUUCUGCUAUUGAAACAGAAAAAAAGAACAUCAAUGUCUUCACAAUGCAUGACUGGGUAAAACAUCUUCCACAAAUUAAGACGUCGGCUUCCAUACAAGGUCAUAAACAUGUGCCAUGGAGACUUUUAUGAUCUGAAAAAUCUCUCACAGCAGAUCAUGAAUAACAAACGCCUAGACGAAGAUAGACACGUCUUCAACUGGCUACAUGUAAAGAGCUUCCAAUACAGGAAGGAAGAGCAAAGCAC